AUGAAGCAAGCCCGGCAACCGAACGGCCCAGCCUGGAUUUCGGACGUGUGGUGCCUGCCUAUCGCUGGCUCCGUCUACCCCGCGAUCCCCUCUAUCGUGCUGGUCAUCGCUCUCAGCUCAGGCCCUUUUUUCGCCCAUCUUGUCACCGGUCUGGAACCCUCCUCGAUUUUCGAACGCAAACAAGCGGUGGACGCUUCAGAUAGGAUCCUUGGAUACAUACUGCUACACUCCGUCAACACCGACACCAUCGCAUCCACCUCCCAAACACCGAUCCUUAGACGACUUGUGAUGCACGACUCUGACAUCGACAAAGUCUUCGCCUCAGAACCUGAUAACGCCACCUGGAUGUCUAUACCGAGCGCUACCUAG